AAUCCACGCCCUGGAGGAGCCUGCUGUCGAUAUGCUGCACACUGUGACUGAUAUGGUCCGGCUUGCCUUCACAGAUGUUUCAAAAAAGAAUUUUGAUGAAUUUUUCAACCUCUUCAGAACUUCCAAGCUUUUUCCCAAACUUUAAGACAUCUUGACAGAAUGAAGACAAUCACCUGUCAUGUAUGUAAGACCUACGGGAUUGAGAGAAUGCAAGAAAUAGAGUGGGUUUCUAUUUUUGGGCAGGGAACAAACUUGCCCCAUGUUUCCCUUCCCCCACAGUCACAACCCUAGGGUGUUGGGCACACGCUGGUUGAGGAGGCAGCUCUGCCCCCAUCACUAUCGGCCUCCAAGGGAGGCAGCCUUGGGAGGGAAGGCACUGGACUCAGCUCUGCACACGCUGGAUCUGAGGACGUGUGGGACGCUGGGCAGAGGUCCAGAAGAGAGCUGGGUCUCGGGUCUGAAUCUAGGAAAAGUGGGGGCCACACGCAAUGCCCCUUCAGAAGCCAUCAGGGGUCAUCUGCAACAGGACAGAUGGUGGAGCUGAUGGGACCAGCCAGACCACAUCCGCCCCUGCCACCGCACCACACCUCCAUUCUCGGACCCUCCCCUUCGGCCACCAGCCCUGCAGCCACUGCACCGAUUGCAUGACCCUCCAAGGAAGAGCAGAUUUGUUCUGCUCACCAGACAGCAUCCCAAAGACUCAGUAGGUACUUGGAAAAAUGUAUAAUUUAUUGGCAUAAUAUUGUGAAAAGAUAUAAAACAAGACAAAAAGUGGUCACAUAAAUAAGAAGACACACUGAAGCAGGAACAUGUUCUCGCCAUGCCAGUGCUUUCUAAAAUCUGAGUUGGAGAGCAGGCAUCUCAGUGCCACAUGUCCGGAAGGCCCUGGGGAAUGCUGUCACCAAGGCACAUGAAUGGGAUGCACCACCUUCCCCACUGGGGUCAGUCCUAGCAGCCAAUCGGUGUCUCAUUCUUAGAAACCAGUGUGCUUGAGAGGAGGCAGGACCUCGGGAAGGCAGUUCUCAGGGCGAGAGCAUUUACACCUCGCUUGGCAACACAGCCUGAUCCCUCCUCCGGGGAAGCCUAAUGGCUGGAAGGGGCCAUGGGGGGUCCAAAAUACACCUUUCUCUUCUUCAUCUGAAGCAUGGGAGCCAUUCUUCAGCUCACUCAUGUGCAACACAUUCAGUUAGGAGCCAGUCACUUUGUGAAAGUAGUUCAAGUCAGCCACCGCUCACAUUUGGCAAGGAUGACAGCUGCAAAGAGCCUGAUGGAGUAACCACUCGGCGGCACCACAGCCAAGAUUCUGUGAGCACUGAGGUAGUGACAUGCAGAGACAUUGCAUGGAAAUGGUGCAUCUGGGAUUGCACAUCCCUGAUUUCCCCGGGUGGCCUCAAUUUCCACAUGAUCAGCAGGCCCCAGGCACUCCAUGUGGCUGCUUCCAGGAGGACCACAGGGGUGUGCACAACCUUCAAGGAGGCCAGGAGGACGGUGGGGCUCCCUGGGCAGAGCCCCACCCCACACGCGGUGGCCCCUGCCCGAGCCGUGCCCGGGGGUGAACACACUUGCAACGGCUUGCCAUGCUCUCCAGAAUUCAUCUGCAUUCUCAGCCCCACAAGAAAAAAAAGGGUUUCUGAUGCCUUUGCAUCAUCACCCAUGAAGGGCUGGUGCCUUUAUGUGCGGCCAUCAUCUGGGUCUGCAAAGAAGGCCCUAAAAAGUAUCAGCGAAAACUCUUGUGCAGAGACAGGUCCUGGGGUCACCCUCCUCAGCACCCUUUCCAUCUCAAGCUGUCCAGCAGCUGAGAGUCACCAGCCCCACGUGCAUCCAAAGCAGCCCCUGGACGGGCACAGAAGGAAGACCCGAGGGGCAGACGGCAUCCAUCUGCCCUGCACCAACCAGCCCUGGGUGCUGCACUCAGCCGGGCCUGGUCACCCCUUCCCAACAAGGGGCAGGAGCAUGAGCCUGGGGGGAGCCCAAGGCCAGCACAGAACUGUGCAGAGUCCAAAGACAGGCAAGUUCACUAUUUAAUCAAAAUGAAAGGCCGUUGAAUCAUUCCUAAAAGUACAUUA